GCUGCCCCCGCCGCCUCUCCCCGGGCCGGGAGCCGGGAGGUGCCGCCGAAGCGGUGCUGGGGCUCUCCGGGGGAAGGGAACGCGGCGUUACGCUGCCUGGAUGACAGUGCAGACGAGCAAAGCAGCGAGUGAAUGGCAAGGCUGGCGGAGAGAAGCCGAGGUGUUUCCGAAGCCGAGAUGUCAGUGACUGUCCGCGAAGUCUGCUAAGGGAGAGCGAGACCUGCGCACGCCGCCUGCCUUUCCAGCCCCGGCCGGGGAGGUUGUGUUUUAGCCGCGAUUUAGAGCAGCAGCAGCAACAACAGAUUGCUCCCCCCUCUUGCUCCCUCCCCUCCGACCCCGCUUUAAACCCAAGCAAGUGACAGACCGUCCAGACGACGAUGCUCUUGCCGAGCCCCUGACAAAGAAAAGGCAAGUCACUCCUUCCUGAAACCGGGAUAACCGGCUGCUUGCAAGCGGGUGAUCUCUAGCUGUUGAACUUUUCAGUGAUGUCCUGUGAUGAUGCUGUGGUGAGCCUGCUGAUCUGAAAGCCAUCUCUUCUGGAUUCCUGAGCUGGCCAGAUCGAAAGAGAUUAAUGGACUGAUCAGCCGUAGCUUUCAGGUCUCUUCAGGCGGAGAUACCCCUUCGGGCCCCGUCGCUCGGGUGCUAGUGGUGAGGGGAGCAGGACAUCUUUGUAUAGGCGGGUCGCUGGCUCGCUGCCGUUCGAGGUGGAAGGCUGUGUUUCUCCUCACCAGGUCUCCUCCGCAGAGAAGAGGCAGAUGAGACUCCAGGACUGCCCCCAGGGCAGAACUUUGUAGCUCUCUCAGCAUCCCUCUGCAGCGUGGAUGUGCGCCACGGGAGUUGGGGAUGUUUGAGGCAGUCUCUGCCAAGUGACACCGAGCAGCUGCUCCGGAGGCUUUUGCGUGGUCUCACGCUCAAGGGCUUUGCCUGUUGUGAAGAUGUCCAUGGUGUUUCUGUGAAGCUGAGGUAUGGCUGCUGGAAGGUUACUGCUGUAUGCUGGCCUCUCUUUAGCUCUGUGUGCCCUGGGCAUGCUGGCUGUGGCAAUCUGCUCUGACCAUUGGUACGAAACUGAUGCCAGGAAGCACAGAGAGAGGUGCAAGAGCAUCACCACUAAGAGAAAUGAUCCUGGCUUCAUUUAUAACUCCAACAACAACCUGCCUCUCAGGGCCAGCAGGUCUAGGUUGGACCGCUGGGAAGGGAAACUCCUCUUGGCAAGAAACAGGAGGCAGAUCUUUGCUAUGAGCGCAGUCGACGAGUGCAACAGACAGUACAACUCGACCAACAUGGGGCUCUGGAGGAAAUGCCACCGACAAGGAUUCGACCAAGAGCUGGAGGAGCUGAUUGCCAAAGGAGCAAUUGAGCGGUGCACAUACAUCAAGUACCACUACUCCUCAGCGACCAUUCCCAAGAACCUCACGUACAACAUCACCAAGACAAUCCGCCAGGAUGAGUGGCAUGCCUUGCAUCUGCGCAGGAUGACAGCUGGCUUCAUGGGCAUGGCUGUGGCCAUCAUCCUCUUUGGAUGGAUUAUCGGGGUGCUGGGGUGCUGUUGGGAUCGAGGCCUUAUGCAGUAUGUGGCGGGGCUUCUCUUCCUCAUGGGAGGAACCUUCUGCAUCAUUUCACUGUGCACGUGUGUGGCUGGAAUCAACUUUGAGCUCUCCCGCUACCCUCGCUACCUGUAUGGACUUCCCGACGACAUCAGCCAUGGCUAUGGCUGGUCCAUGUUCUGUGCGUGGGGGGGCUUGGGCCUCACUCUUAUCUCUGGCUUCUUCUGCACUCUGGCCCCUUCUGUCCAACCUGUCCCCAGGACCAACUGCCCCAAAUCUAGACCUGAGAAUGGGACAGUGUGCUAAAACAAAUAGCAAACAAAUACACACACACACACAUACAUAUAUAUAUAUAUAUAUAUGUCUAUGUAAACCUAUACAUGCAUAUAUAUGUAUAUAUAAUUAUAUAUAUAUAUAUAUAUAUAUAAUCUGAAAUUAAUGCCAGUGCCAAGGUAGAGCUGAGUCCAACACGGCACUCACAUCUCCACCGGACUCUGUGUUGCUUCUUUCUUUCUCACAGUGAUGGGAAAGCUUUUCUUUCACAUGGCUCUUCCAUCCAACUCUUAACUUCAGCAUCAUACCUUAGAGGUUGAAUGAACAUACAGUUGCACCUACCUACUGCCAUUUGGGAAGGGGAACAGGGGGUCCGUGUGGGGGAUCUGGAACCAGAAUCUGUGCAGGACAUGGAGGGUGGGAUGAGGGGGACAAAAAGUCUGUCCAUUGCAGCAAGAAGGGAAAAUGCAAACAGCAAGCAAAGGAACAAAUCGAGCAUUUGAGCCACCUCUACAACGUACCUCCUCAAGGCCAUUAUCAGGAACCCAUCUUUUCUUUUUCUUUCUUAAAACAAAAUGACAGAAGUCUGCCCUGUCAUUAGUUUUGGGGUUUUUUGUUUGUUUUUUUCU